AUGGCCAGGUCAUCAAGGUUGUGGGUGGGCAUCCGGGCAUCCCUGAGCGUCAGCUGUCCGGCAGAAGGUCUCCAUACCAAGGCACUUUGUGACGUGCAGCUGUCUCGGUUUGGAAGGGAGACCCGCGGCGCUUCCAAGGCGACCGCGGAAAGCGUUCGGGACGCGGCAGCGCUGCGGGCGCCUCAACCGCUUUUGGAAGAGCGCUGCCUUACCGGGGCUCUAACCGGGGGUUCCACAGGAAAGCCUAACAUGACUAAAAGUGAAGAAGUAGAAAUAUGUAUGGUUAAACACUUGCGAGUGGAUCGAGAGGAGAAAUAUGAAAUAGUUGAAAAGUGGUUUUUGAAAGAUCUGGAGAUGAUUGAUGGAAAAGAAGCAGAUACUGAUAAUCCAUAUUUUGAUAUGCACUUCCACAAAGUCUACAAUCUGGAAGCGUAUAGCUGUGCAUCUAAAUAUACCUUUGCUCGAACACUAAACAAACUGAAUGAAACAUACCUUAAGAAGGACUUGAAGAUUGUGAACUUUGAUGAGACCUACCUAAAUGAUGAUUCAAUCUGGUCGUCCAACAAUAGGGAUUGCUUAGUACUUAUGAGGAUAUGCUUCUAUGCUUCCAACCUUUUAUGUCUCUCCCUGUGUCCUUUGUCUUAAAGAUGUAUUUUCUAACAUUAAGGUGACUGGUUGACUUUCACUGACCAGCAUUUCAUAAAUCAUCUGAUCAAAAAGAUAGUGAUAUGCAGUAUCUGCUUUUUAAUUUUACAUAUAAGUAAAAAAUGGAACAUACUUUUUACAUAAACAAUUGACCAUUCAUUUAUAUAUAUGUGAGGGCCUCACUCUGGCAAAUACUUACAAAUAUAUGGGACUUUCAACAUAGGACCAGUAAUUCUCGUGGUCACUGGUGAUUGCUUAAGUAGAGCUCAGCAUUUGCUUUUGCUUAUAUGUUCACGGACUUAUAAAUUAUCUUUCAUUAAUAGCUGGAAAUAUUUUUAAAGCAUUAGGAGCAUUAACAGUUAAUUUUUAUACUCUGGAAGCAGAAAAAAGAAAGCAAACAAAUGAGUUCUGUAUGAGAAUGAUGCACAUUUCCGUUUUAACACCGUUAAAGAGAUCACACCUACAUCAAUACAGGAAUCAAACCCUCAUCCUGAUGAAUCGGAGUUUUGCAUUCAGGUACCGUGGGACCAACUUUUCACCUAUGCAGUUACAAUUAUUUUUCCCUCAGAACAUCUAGUACUCCCUUUGGCCUUUCCAUUAUUUGUGGUACUAUCUUAGAAACAGAAAAUGAAUGUUCUUAAGCAGAAUCACUUUAUUUAUCAGACCUUUCAGAACUUUUUUCUUUUAUAUCAUUAACAUCUUCUUUCAUGCACUUUACAGUUUAUGUAUAUGAACAGGCCCAGUUAGGGAACAAAAACUGUUUGUUUAUGUCUCUACCUCUGGACCAAGAGUUAACAAAAUACUAUGUAAACAGUAGUUGUUGACUAUUACAAUUACUUUGUAAACAAGUGAUAUACUUUUCAAAAUUCAUAGAAUUAUGAGAAUAAUUUUCACCAGUUUCUAGCUGCGUGUUAGCAUAUUCAGUACACUACAGAAAUGCAUAUUAGUACUUAGAGUUACAUUUAACAUGGUGUGGAGUCUACUGAGUGGUUUGGAAGAUCUCACCCUUAACAAAAAAUAACAGCUGGACUUGUGACAGCAUUAUAUUACAGUGGAAACAGAGAAUGAAUUAAAGCUGUGUUGACCAAGAGCUGAAGAGGAACAAUGUUGACAAUAAGAAGCAUAGUGAUACUGCCCAAUGUCAGUCAGCUGAGCUAGCUGGCUGCUCUUCCCAUAGUCAAUAGAGAAAGAAAUGCCAACCCAAAAGGUGAUUCGGAGAAGCUUCUGGUCAGAACGUCCUGCAGGAGAAAACUUGCUUUCCCUUUUGGCAGCCAAGAGAGUACAGGGAGACUAGAUGUGGACUGAACCAGCUACGUACCUAAAGCUGACCGAUGUAAAUAGCUCCUAGGAAAUACAAGCUGGUUACUGCCCUUUCUCAGUACCUACCAUCUGUAAAAUGGGAUAGUUGUGCAAAGGUACUGUGAUUUGUGCUUCACUGUUGUCUUUCACAUGAACUCCCACCUUUGAAAACAUUUGUAUAAAUGUACUUUGGAUUCAAAAUUGAAAUAACAUCAAAUAAGUGAGAAUAUAUUUGAAAAACUGUAUAAAAUGUACAGCUUUCUACUUUACUUUUUAAAUGUUAUCCUAUUGCUUGUAUGUAAGAAAGGCCAUAUCUUUGAUUAGCUAAUCUUCAGAAGCUAUAUAUUUAUUCUAGGCAUAUGUUGUAAAUUACAUUCAUUCUAACCCAAAGCUUAGUAAUUAUGUGUAUCUUGACAGUUGUGAAGGCAGUUUUAUGUGGGUAACACAAAUCUUCUCAAAUUUGUAAGGACUUAAGUCUUAUGUUUGCCCCCUAAAUACUGGUAGAGAGAAGGACUGUAUUUAUAGUAAUUGUUAUGAAAUGCAGUUGUUCUUUUCAGAAUGUCUUUGGGAUAAUCCAGUGCAAGUACCUGUGUUGUAACAUUUGAUCCAUAGCCACAAGAAGUAUUUGCCCAACAUCCAGGUUCCACAAAACCAUCUUCAGUAGCAAAUAUAAUUCAGACUACUGUUAUCUAUGAUACAUUGUCUUGUUUGGGCUAUGUAUUAAUUGUAGAGGUCACAAUGUUUUCUGUAAUGUUUACAAACUCUUUGCUUAAUAGGCACAAGGAAAUAUCUUCUGGGUGAAAAAGCUCCCAUCAUUCAUCUUGUAACUGUAAUAAAAACACAGAACCUCUAAUAAUAAGCACUUCAGGGCAUUCUUUUGAAAUAAAGUACAGGUGUAGUGAAUUCCUGACCAAUAAUUGUCUGUAUUGUGUUAGGAACUGAUAAGCUAAAAGUAACUAUAAUGUUCAACCAUAUUUAA